AUGCGUUUCUUCGCUGCUGCCGCCGGCGUCAUCGCCGUUGCCUCUGCCUACACCUUCCCGACUCCCUUCGAGAACCCUGCUGCCAGCGGUGCUGCUCCCAGCGGUAACCCGCUGACUCUGCCCAGCACCACUAACCCGGUCACCCUGGGUCAGUCGUUCGACAUCACCUGGAACCCUACCAGCGCCGGUCCCGUUGCUCUUGUCCUGUGCAAGGGCCCCUCGACCGACUGCGAGCCCACUCUCACCAUUGCUGAGAAGAUCCCCAACUCGGGCAAGUUCGCCUGGGUUCCUUUCGGCCUCACCCCCAGCGCCGACUCUUCCUCUGGAUACGGCAUCAUGCUCGUCGACUACUCCGACAAGAGCUACCAGUACACCACCCAGUUCGGCGUUCUCGCUGGCUCCAAGCCCAAGCCCUCUGGUCCUUCCAGCCCAUCUGGCAGCGUUAUCCCCAUCCCCUCGUCGACUGUCGUUAUCCCCGUCACUGCCACCACCACCUGGUGCCCUGAGGGCGGUGCCACCCCCCCUCCUACCUGGACCACCUCCGUCGGUACCACUGGUCUCCCCAGCCCUUCCACCAUCCCCACCACUGGCCCUGCUCCUCCUCAAUUCACCAACGGUGCUGACCACAACAUGGCCAGCUUCGGUGCUAUUGGUGCCAUUGCUGGUGUUGCCGCUCUCUUGGCUUUCUAA